UGAAACUUACUUUCACUUUAGAACUUCCGGUUAGCGUCCUUUUCCGGUGUUCGUAGAACCAUUCAACAUGAGUGAAGGGGCGGCCACCAUCCGAACAAGAAAGUUCAUGACAAAUCGUUUGCUAUGCAGAAAGCAAAUGAUUGUAGAUGUAUUGCAUCCAGGCAAAGCCACAAUUCCUAAAACAGAAGUUAGAGAAAAACUGGCCAAAAUGUACAAGACCACGCCAGAUGUCAUUUUCUGCUUUGGAUUCAGGACUAAGUUUGGAGGAGGCAAAACCUCAGGAUUUGGUUUAAUUUAUGAUAGCUUGGACUUUGCCAAGAAGUUUGAACCCAAAUACAGAUUACAGAGACAUGGCUUAGUAGAAAUUAAGAAAACUGGCCGAAAACAAAGGAAAGAGAGAAAGAAUAGGCAAAAGAAAGUCAGAGGGACAAAGAAAGCAAAAGUGGGAGCAGGCAAGAAGAAGUAAAGCAGUGAUGGCCAUGCUGGACAGUAAACUGGAGAUGGUGGAUGCUGGGAGCUGGACAGUUGUCUUUAUCAUGUAAUAAACUAUUGUCCAGAA